AUGUCUGGAGUUGGCAGUAAACGGGCAGCUGGAGAGCCUGGUCCUUCUGCACCUCCAGAGAAGAAGACAGGGGUUGAAGAUUCAGGGACCACUGUGGAGACCAUAAAGCUUGGUGGUGUUUCUUCAACGGAGGAAAUGGAUAUCCGGGCCCUACAGACCAAGAACCGGAAACUAGCAGAGAUGCUGGACCAGAGGCAAGCCAUUGAAGAUGAGCUACGGGAGCACAUUGAGAAGCUGGAGCGUCGGCAGGCCACUGAUGAUGCCUCUUUGCUGAUUAUCAAUCGAUACUGGAAUCAGUUUGAUGAAAAUAUCCGCAUCAUCCUUAAACGCUUCGACCUGGACCAGGGUCUUGGAGACCUUUUGUCUGAAAGAAAAGCACUGGUGGUACCAGAACCUGAACCAGACUCGGACAGUAAUCAGGAGCGCAAAGAUGAGAGAGAGCGAGGUGAAGGACUUGAGCCGGCAUUUUCAUUCCUAGCCACUCUAGCCAGCAGCACCAGUGAGGAGAUUGAAUCUCAGCUGCAGGAGCGUGUAGAGUCUUCCCGCCGUGCUGUUGCCCAGAUUGUGACAAUGUAUGACAAACUGCAGGAGAAAGUGGAUGCGCUGUCCCAAAAGGUGAACAGUGGAGAUAUUACAUUGAUGGAAGAAGCCGUCCUGGAGCUUAAUACCUACCUAUCACAUGAAAAUGGACGGCUGCAGGAGCUAGCUGAUAUUCUUCAGGAGAAGCACCGCAUAAUGUCUCAGGAGUUCUCCAAGCUGCAAGAGAGAGUGGAGACAGCAGAAUCUCGGGUAUCUGUUCUGGAGACUAUGAUUGAUGACCUUCAGUGGGAUAUUGACAAGAUACGCAAGAGGGAGCAGAGGCUCAAUCGGCACUUAGCAGAUGUUCUGGAACGAGUAAAUUCCAAAGGCUACAAGGUGUAUGGAGCUGGGAGCAGCCUCUAUGGGGGCACAAUCACCAUUAAUGCCCGCAAGUUUGAGGAGAUGAAUGCAGAGCUGGAAGAAAAUAAAGAGCUUGCUGGGAAUCGCCUCAAGGAGUUAGAGGAACUACGCCAGGAUCUUGAGGAAGUAACAACACAGAAUGAAAAACUCAAGGUUGAGUUGCGACGAGCAGUGGAAGAGGCUGUGAAGGAGACCCCGGAAUAUCGCUGCAUGCAGUCACAAUUUUCUGUUUUGUAUAAUGAGAGUCUCCAGCUGAAGGCACACCUUGAUGAGGCCCGCACUCUGCUUCAUGGUACUCGUACCACACAUCAGCGCCAGGUGGAACUGAUUGAGAGGGAUGAAGUCAGCCUUCACAAGAAACUGCGCACAGAGGUGAUUCAGCUAGAGGACACCCUGGCGCAAGUCCGCAAAGAAUAUGAGAUGCUGAGGAUAGAGUUUGAACAGACACUUGCUGCCAAUGAACAAGCAGGUCCAAUUAAUCGGGAGAUGCGUCAUCUCAUUAGCAGCCUCCAAAACCACAACCACCAGCUGAAGGGAGAGGUGUUAAGAUACAAGCGCAAACUGAGAGAGGCCCAGUCUGACUUGAGCAAGAUCCGCUCUCGCAGUGGUAAUGCUCUCUUGCAGUCCCAGUCCAGCACUGAAGAAACAAAAGAGGAACCUCCAGAGAUCAAGCAGGAGCCUGAUGAUCCUUCUGCCCAAGUGUCUGUCCCCAAGGCCACUUCUGAAGAUAUUACUGAAAUGAAGGCUAGGAAAGCCCAGGAAAGUCAGAAGGAGAUGAAGCUGUUGUUAGAUAUGUACCGUUCUGCCCCCAAAGAGCAGAGAGACAAAGUACAGCUGAUGGCAGCUGAGAAGAAGGCAAAAGCUGAGCUGGAAGAACUGCGGCAGAGGGUCAAAGAAUUGGAAGACAAGGAGAAAAAGGAGAGUAAAAAGAUGGCUGAUGAGGAUGCCCUCCGCAAAAUCCGAGCAGUGGAGGAACAGAUUGAGUAUUUACAGAAGAAACUAGCCAUGGCUAAGCAGGGAGUACAGGAGACAGUUUUGCCAGAGCCUGGGAUUCUUAUGCAGGAGGAGGAGGCCCUGCUGUCAGAAAUGGAUGUCACAGGCCAAGCAUUUGAAGACAUGCAGGAGCAGAACAUCCGUCUGAUGCAGCAGCUGCGGGAGAAGGAUGAUGCCAACUUCAAGCUGAUGUCAGAGCGCAUCAAGUCCAACCAGAUCCACAAGCUGCUGAAAGAGGAGAAGGAGGAGCUGGCAGACCAAGUUUUGACACUGAAGACUCAGUGGGGUCGGGAACAGAAUCAGAAGGGCAAAAGUGAGAAAACUGGUAGGUUAGAUAAAGGCAGCUUAAUAGGUACAGCAAAAGCUGUGAGCACAAGCAAAGCAAAACAGGUGGAUGCCCAACUGCAGGUUGUACGUAAGCUGGAGGAGAAGGAACAUUUACUGCAAAGCAGUAUUGGAACAGGCGAGAAAGAACUGGGUCUCCGAACACAGGCCCUGGAAAUGAACAAACGCAAGGCCAUGGAUGCAGCCCAGCUUGCAGAUGAUCUGAAAGCCCAACUAGAGCUGGCUCAGAAGAAGUUACAUGACUUCCAGGAUGAAAUUGUGGAAAACAGAGUAACUAGGGAGAAAGAGAUGUUUAACUUCAAAAGGGCUGAGGAAGAUAUUUCUAGGUUACGCAGGAAGCUGGAGACCACUAAGAAGCCUGACAUGGUUCCUAACUGUGAUGAAAUACUGAUGGAAGAAAUCAAGGAUUACAAGGCCCGCCUGACGUGUCCAUGCUGUAACAUGCGCAAAAAGGAUGCUGUGCUCACGAAGUGCUUUCAUGUCUUCUGUUUUGAGUGUGUGAAAACACGCUAUGACACCCGGCAGCGUAAGUGCCCCAAGUGCAAUGCUGCCUUUGGGGCCAAUGACUUCCAUAGGAUCUACAUUGGUUGA